AGUGUACAAACUUUGGGAUCGUGUGAUGUAACUUCGAGAUCAAUGAACUGUCGCGUUAUGUAUUUGAAUAUUAGAAACUGACCCAUACCAAAUUUGAUCUUCAAUCUCCCAAAAUAAUCAAUAUCACCGAUCCAAAGCAAUCUGUUUUCUCCCAAAUUCAGUUCCAAAGAUGAAUGACACCGAUGUGUCCAAGCAGAUUGAACAAAUGGUCAGAUUCAUCCGUCAAGAAGCGGAUGAAAAGGCCAACGAGAUCUCCGUAUCCGCCGAAGAAGAAUUUAACAUUGAGAAGUUGCAAUUAGUGGAGGCGGAGAAAAAGAAAAUCCGACAAGAGUAUGAACGCAAACAGAAACAAGUUGAAGUUCGAAAGAAAAUCGAGUAUUCUAUGCAACUCAACGCUUCUCGAAUCAAAGUUCUUCAAGCUCAAGAUGACUUGGUUACUGCCAUGAGAGAGGAUGCAUCAAAGGAUCUUUUAAAUGUCAGCCAUCACCAUUUCAAACACCAACAUAACUACGAAGCAUUGUUGAAAGCUCUCAUUGUCCAGGGUCUACUUAGAUUGAAAGAACCAUCUGUGUUGUUGAGAUGUCGGAAGGAGGAUUUACAUAAGGUGGAAUCUGUUCUUCAUUCAGCAAAAGAGGAGUAUGCAGCAAAAGCACAUGUUCAUAAACCUGAGAUAAUUGUUGACCACAUCCACCUUCCAUCUGCUCCUUCGUCUGAUGAUCCUCAUGCUCUUUCAUGCUCUGGAGGUGUAGUUUUGGCUUCUAGAGAUGGUAAAAUUGUGUUUGAAAACACACUUGAUGCUAGAUUGGAUGUUACAUUCCGUGGGAAACUCCCAGAGAUUCGCAAACUGUUGUUCACUCAGGUUGGUGCUUAGUGGAUCCACUUGAUGUAUUUUCAGGUGAUUUUAUGUUCAUUUGUUUGAAUAAUAAUCAUAUGAGUUAUAUUAUGCAAUAUGCAUACAUUCUUUUGACUUAUUACAUGUAUGAUGUAUGUACUCUUUUGAUACUUUCAACUUGCAUUGUCCUGAUGAAAUAAAAGGCUAAAACCCAUCUAAACCAAGAAAACCAGUUUUGAUAGUGUGGUGGUGUUCGUCUUUAUAUUGUGGCAUUUUUAUUUUCUCAUCAAAGUUGAGAUUUUUUCCACUAACAUUCAAGAUGAUUUUCUGUGAAUAUUAAUUCCUCCAUG